AGACGGUGUGGCUGAGACUUGAGAAUGGGGCUAGUCCUUGCGCUGGCCGAGUGGAGAUUCAUUACAAGGGACAGUGGGGGACAGUCGAUCACGAUCUUUGGGACCUGCCAGAUGCCGCAGUUGUGUGUCGGGAGCUGGACUGCGGGACCGCGGUCUCUGCCCCGGGCGGGGCUCACUUUGGACGAGGAUCCGGACCCAUUGUGACCUGGAAUGUUGAGUGCAGCGGGACCGAGCGCGCUCUGAAGGAGUGUCAAUCACAGCAAUGGGGUCACUACAGCUACUCACACGGCAAUGAUGCUGGUGUCAUCUGUUCAGACCACAUCAUUCCGAGGUUGUUCCAAGGAAGUUCCCAAUGUUUCGGCAGACUGGAGGUCCUGUUUGGUGACACCUGGAAAACAAUGUGUGGUCUUGACUGGGAUUUGAAAAACGCCAAUGUGGUCUGUGCGCAGCUUCAUUGUGGAGUGGCCGUGUCUCUUUCGAGCUCUGCUCAUUCUGGAGGCAGUCCUGUGCUCAUGGGGACUGAGGUUUUUAAAUGUACGGGCAAUGAGACUCAGCUGAAAAAGUGCCCUCGGUCUUCAGACACUCACCAGGAUUGCAGUGGACACAGCAAUGUUACCCUGAUAUGUUCUGAUGAAAAUUGGUGGCCAAGACUGGUGAAUGGGGGAAGCCGCUGUGAUGGCCGAGUUGAAGUUUACUAUAAUGGAAGCUGGGGCAGAGUGCAGGACACCCUGUGGGAUCUGAAUGAUUCUCACGUGGUUUGCAGACAGCUGGGAUGCGGUCAUGCCUUAGAAACGUAUAAGUCUUCACAGUACGAGGAAAGUGAUGGUCGUCCGUGGGUGCAUGAUAUCCAGUGUCAUGGACAGGAAUCUCAGCUCCGGGAUUGUAGGAUCUCAGGCCCAUUGAAUUCGUCUGUCGCUGACAGCAGUGACGUAGUCAUCCUCUGUUCAGUAUUAGUCCAGGUGAAAGCAGGCGUGGGCCAGAUGAAUGGUUGUGAGCAACUGAAACUUUGCUUUUGGAAGAUUCAAGUAGCAAAGAUUUUAUGA